UGAUGUUUCCUUGACCUUAUACGAAGACAACCCAACCACAUGAAAUGGACAUUUCCAUUGAUAAAGUUAAAGCUUAUGUAUUUGUAUAUAUAUUAGGAGGAAUUACGUUUAUACCAGUUGUUUUAGUAGUAUUUUUUGUUUAUAGCUGGAUAGUUUUACCAGACAUUGAUGAGAGAGGGAUUAAGACGGUCAAGAAAUAUAGUAUAAACAGGAGGAAUAAAGUUAAGAUAAAGGAACUAGAAGAAGAAGGAACGGGUAUAUAUAAGACGGGAUGGAUGCGGGUGACACGUGAGGUGGAUGAGAUAGAAUUUGAAAAACAGGAGGAUGCGAUAAGUGGAGGAGGAGGAGGAGGAGGAGGAGAGAGAAAUAAUAUGAAAGGACAAAUACAGGGGAAUUAUGGCGGGGUAGUGAGUUUUAGUUCGGGGAGUAUGAGGAAACAAAGAAAGAGGCCGGUACUUUUUUUUGCGGUGUUAAAACAUGGAAAUUUAUUUUUAUAUGAUAAAGAGAAUCGGUCAGAUGUCAAAUAUGUGAUUGUUAUGGCGCAAUAUGAUGUUAGUAUAUGGCCUAAAGGGAGUAAAGAUGGAGAACUUUUUGCUAGAACUCAUGCCAUUUGUUUAUCUCGGGAAAAAAAAGAGGAAAAGUUAGAAGGGGAUAAUGAGGGUAUUUUAGAUAAAACGAGGCGAAGAAAUAAGUUUUUAAUAUAUAAUUCGAAUCCAUCGGAUCAAGAGGAUUGGUAUUUUUUAUUAAUUCAAGCAAGUAGGGCAGUAGAUAAGAAAUGUGAAUGGAAAGAGAAUCCGUUGGUAUCAGCGAUACCAUUAAUGUUUGAAGCGAAGCAUAUGUCAAAUUUGAUUCAUACGAUUCAUUCUAGUGAUGCGAACCUUGAGAUGAGAUGGUUGAAUGCAUUAUUAGGACGGUUAUUUCUGGGAUUAUACCGUACACGUUUUUCAGAAGAAUAUAUAAUUGAGAAAAUAAAAAAGAAAGUGUCAAGAAUUAAAAAGCCGGGAUUUUUGUCAGAUAUAGUAGUUAAAGGGGUGGAUAUUGGGGAUAGUAUUCCAUAUAUUACAUGUCCUAGGCUUAGGGAUCUUUCUUCAGAUGGACAAUUAAAUAUUGAUGCAAUGAUUACAUAUAAUGGGAAUUUUAGGAUAGAAAUAGCAACGACAGCGACAUUAAAUUUAGGAAGUCGAUUUAAAGCUCGACAGGUUGAAUUGAUGUUAGCAGUAAUAUUAAAAAAAUUAGAAGGGACAUUAGCAUUAAUUAUUAAACCUCCACCGAGCAAUCGACUUUGGUAUGGAUUUUAUGAAAUGCCAAAGAUGGAUAUGACUAUUGAGCCUAUUGUAUUUUCGAAACAAAUUACAUAUCCCAUGAUAUUAAAAGUUAUCGAGAAUAGAAUACGUGAGACUAUUCAUAACACACUUGUUUUCCCUUAUAUGGAAGAUUUUGAAUUUUAUGACACAGCAGAUCAAUUCUUUAGAGGAGGAAUUUGGGAUCAUUCAAAAAUGCAAGAAAGCGAACCAGAAAAAGAAAUACCGGUGGUAGAAAAGCAAGAAAGUAAUGAAAAGGCAUUAUUGGAAGUAUUAGAUGAUAUGAAAGAGAAAUCAGAGUUAACAAAAAUGGUUUCAACGAAUUCUGAAAAUGAAGUGUCUAAUAGAUUAAAACAAUCCAUUUUACUUACAAAAUUGAGAUCAUCCGGUUUAGAAGUAAAAAAGGAUCCUUUGAAAAGAUCAUCAUCAUUCAAUACGAUUUCUGAUAGUAGUUCACUAAUUGAGCUAGAGAACCGAUCAAAUACAGAAAUUACCUCAGGAGAUAAAUCUUUCAAGGAUUUAUGUGGUAAAUCGCUUGUUACUGCAGCUGCAAUAAGUGCCUUUGGAAAAUCUACUGUUUUACCAAAAACAUUUAAUAAGAUAUCUCAUUCUAAAACACCUAAAUCAGAAGAUAUAAAUAAAUUGGAUAUGGACAUGGAUAAAAAGGCCAUUGAUGCUGAGAAUGAAAGCGUUACAUCUAGUACUUCUACAAAUUCAUUUAAAUCCUCAUUUACAAAUAAAAAAGAGCGUCUUACUGCAGCAUUUGCUACAAUACGAGAGAAUACUAUAUUUGACAAUAGACGAAGGGCUGAUUCUGGUGAAAAAAGCUCAUUGUCAUCAAGCGUUAGUUCUGCUACAAAUACUGUACGUCGAUGGGGUGCAAAUUAUAUUGCAAAAAGACAUGGAAAUACGUCUGUUGAUUCAGAAUCGUUAAAUUAUCCAUCUUCACAAACUUCUUCUUUAAACUUCGAAGCUGAUAAGAAAAAGAUAUUACCAAGUAAUUUGGAUGAAAACCCUCCAGAUUAUUCGGAAAUUUCUACAGAUUCUAUUGUAUAUAAUUCAUUACAAUUAAGUGAACCAUCAUGCGCUACUACAACAGAUACUGUUCAUGCAUUUUCAAAUAAACAUAUUUCAAUUCCAGAGCCUAUUCAAUCUAUCACAGAACAACCAUAUACUAUUUCUAAACAAUUUUCUCAAAGAACGGAUCUGGAUUAUGAUACAUUGUUACUUAGGCAAAGGCCAAUACCAGCCAUACCUCCUAUGAGACGGGAUUUACCUUUACCACCUGCUCUUCCUGCAAGACGAAAUCUCAAUAAACAAAUUAUCAUUCCGGAACUUCCUGAAUCUCUUGACAAUACAAAUAAUCACGAAACGAAUGUAGAUCAUAGUAUUAUAACAGAAAAUUUACUUCAAGAUCCUUCUGAAAAGAAUAAUGAAUCCAAAAAUAAUAAUGAUAAUUUGGAAAAUUGCGUUGAACAAAGGGAUUUUUUCGAGUUGAAUAAUGUUAUUGAUUUAGAAAAUACUAUUGAGUUAGAUAAUAUCGCUGAACCUGAUGAUACAACUCAACAUGAAGAUACUACUCAACACGAAGAUACUACUCAACUAGAUGAUACUAGUAAACUAGAUGAUAUAACAGAAUCUGAAAAUAUUAUGGAAUUAGUAGAUAUAGUUGAAUCUCAUGAUAUUAUUAAUUCGGAAAGUACAAAAAAAUCAAUGAAUACUAUUUAAUGUUUCAAGUAAUUCUAUCAUAUUAUUCAUUGAUAUAAAAUAAUCCUUUAACAUGUA